AUGACCGACAUUGAUGUGGCUAGGCGGAACAAGAAGCCCAGGUUAUUGCUUGAGUCCGAAAGAGCGCGCCUAGAGGAAUUCAUUGACAGUAUUGGAUACUCGGCGAGAUACUCUGACAGCGAAUUCGAAUACCGUCAUGUGCAACUCCCGAAGGCCAUGUUGAAGGUCAUCCCGAGAGACUACUUUGAUGACUCGAAGGGCACUUUGAAAUUGCUAUGGGAAGAAGAAUGGAGAGGAUUGGGUAUUACACAGAGUCUAGGAUGGGAGCACUAUGAAGUCCACGAACCAGAACCACAUAUCCUCCUGUUCAAGUAA